AUGAUUCGUUUCUUCAAGAGAUUCAAUUCAACUAGUUCGAUCAAUGAAGCUAAACAAUGGCUAGGAAGUCUAGAUCCUCAAAAGAUACCCAGAAAUGAAUUUAAAAUUACAUUUAGUAGAUCUUCAGGUCCUGGAGGUCAAAAAGUUAAUAAAAGUGAUUCUAAGGCUACAAUCCAACUUAAUGAUUUAGAUCUUGCAAUUUGGAUCCCUAAAGAAAUCAAAACACAAUUGAAAUAUAAUAAUUUCAGAUAUUUAACUAAAACAAAUGGGUUAGUUAUUCAAGAUGAUACACAAAGAUCAAGAGAAUUAAAUACAGAUCGAUGUUUUAUUAAAUUAGUUGAAGAAAUCAGAAAGACUGUUUACUUUGAGAAUGAAGCAAGUCCAGAAGAUAAAAAAAGAUGGGAAUCUAUAAGGAAAGUUUCAAAUGAAAAAAGAAUUCAAGAAAAGAAAAAGAAUUCUGAAAAACGUAAAUUACGGAAAGAGAAAUUUUGA